UAAAACCCCGAAAAGGGUGUUAGCAGGUAAGGGAGGGAUUCAUUUCAGCGACCUCGGUGAACGUUGAGGCGCCGAAUCCAGGCGGGAGAGGAGAACUGAAUCUUCGGUUUGGGUAAAGAAAUAGGGAAUAGAGAGUUCAUUUCAUAAGAAAUAGUAGUAGAUUACUACUCUUACUAGGGCAUCAAUCAGUGCAAGACAGUUUUAUCGCAACAAGAUCGUUCCUGCAAAAUGGAGCAUUCACUCUGGAGCCAUUUGCCGCUUCUGGUGAGGUCUAACUCUAAAGAAUCAGUGGAGUACGUACUCCAAACCCUCUGGAGGACUCGAAAGACUGGUCUUGAUGCUGCCGAUCGUGAUAUCAUCAGAGAAAUGCUUCAACUUGAGAAUGACACUGAUCUCGAUCCCCUUCUGGUAUGCCUCCGUAUGCUGAUCCGUAAGUGUGUUUACGAAAAUGUUAGUAAGGAUGAGAUUCAAAAGCUAUUUCCUGACGAGGUCGUGCCUGAACUACAAAGACUACUGGUGCUCUUGCUACAAAAGUUCCAAAGGGAGUGGAGGGCUGAUGCUCUCAACGAUCAGGUUAUUUUGCCUCGGAUAAAAGCGAUGACAUGGAAUAUGGCUAAUCAAAAUGCAGAAUCCACAGAUCCAGUGGCUGUUAUUAGUUUAAAGCUCCAAGAUGAUACACAUUCUUUAUCAGGAGAGUCAGAGGUCAAGUUCCAAUUAGCGAAAGAUGCUCUGGAUACAAUGUUGAGGUCUAUGUAUUAUAUAAGAGACCAGAUGUCGGACAGGGGGGAUGGUUCAAAUAGACAUUUUCAGUCACAGGAAACGAAUAUGACAUAGUUCAUUGAGAUAUGCCAACUUGAAUGGUAUAGUUUGCCUAGCUACAUAAUUUGUGAAAAGGGAUUCUAUUGUCAAGGCGUAUACAGUCAACAGUUAUGGGCUUUCCCAAUCCUGUAAAGUUGCCUGAUAAUUAGGCUUAUGCUGCAAUUCUACUCAAUCAUCACACUUUUUUACUUACUUUAUACUCAGUUGAUGUACCUGUUGUGUUUUCCAAGCCAUGUAAGAUCACCAAUCAUAUAUAAUAUAUGACCUGUUGCAUUUUUUAUUA